CUCUGUUUCCUCAGGAGCCUCUACACCUCCGUUAUCUUUCUCUAUCGCACCAAAACGAUACGUUUCGAUUCUGUAACCAGAAAUCCGCGUUUUCUCUAGCUUCAGAUCUCCAAGACCUUCUCGUUCAAGAAAGCCGAUCAUUGCAAUAAUACCGUCUACGAUACCUUAAUCUCUCCUUCAAAUCCCUUGCACAAUCCCAAUUUUGAUACUUCCAAUUCUCUGUUUUAUCUCACAAUUUGUUGACUAAUCUUAUUCGAAGAAGGUAAUCCAGUGUUUGGUGUUCUGUGAGAGAAUUCGAGAUGGUGGGAGGAGGGAGCAGGAGGGACGAGUCGGUUGUGCUGAACAGCACCAACGUUUUUGCGGCGCUCGGGAGUUUGAGGAGGAAGAAGAAGAGUUCCGACAAAGAGGGUUCGUCGAAGACCAAAGACAAGAAGGGCGCUGCGUCUUCGGAGAAGGAGCCAGCAAAGGAGGUCUUUUGGGCCCCGGCGCCUCUAACAGUCAAGUCCUGGGCUGAUGUGGACGAUGAAGAUGAUGAUGAUUAUUAUGCGACCACUGCCCCACCCGCCUCUGUCUGGGGAGAUACCGACACUAAGGCCGGCAAAGAGGCUUCGGAGCCUGCUGUGGAGGAAAGUGAAAGCGAGGAAGAAGGUAUUGAGGAAGCUGAUGAUGAGGUUGAAGAAGAACAUGAACAUGAACCUGAGACACCAGUUGAAGUGGAGCCUGUAGUUAAGAAGCCCACUGAAGCUCCUUCGGUGCAUAAAGAUACAGAUAGGCAGCUCUCAAAGAAAGAAUUAAAGAAAAAGGAACUUGAGGAACUUGAAGCUGUUCUUGCUGAACUUGGACUACAUAAGGAGGCCAAUGCUCAAGAUGAGUCCCAUGGCACUGCACAGAAUAAGAAAGCUGACAAUGUCGGAGAGAUGGAAAAGGAGAAUGCCCCUGGGGAGAGCAAAACUUCAAAAAAGAAGAAAAGGAAGGAUAAAUCAUUGAAGGAGCCAAAGGAAUCCCAAUACCAGCCAGAUGACAAAGAUGUAGGAAAUGGGACUGAUGAUGCUGCUGGGACUGAGAAGGGAGAGGAUACAUCUGCUCCGGAUGUGAAGGACCGAUUAAAGAAAUUGGCCUCUUCAAAGAAGAAGAAAUCUAGUAAAGAGAUGGAUGCUGCGGCCCGAGCUGCCGCUAGUGAAGCUGCUGCAAGGAGUGCAAGGCUAGCUGCUGCAAAGAAAAAGGAAAAGAAUCAUUAUAAUCAACAGCCGAUGCGGUAAAAGCUAGAGGAGAGUUUUUUCUUUGUCCAUCAUACUUAUUAACUUGUAUUUCGUUCUUUUUUGUUAGUGCAAAAUAAACCUUCGGGUCCAAUUUUGCAAAUAAAACUUUCAAUAGGUGCUUUUUUGAAAAAAUUAUUAUUGUUGGACUGAUCCAAACUUUACCUGACAUUAUUAUUGCACCGGUUUCUUUUUCAAGAAGCUAAUGUUAUCUCAAGAGCCAUAUCCCUUGGAACC